AUGCAAAAGGUCUUGGCUUUGUUCGUUUUGGCUUUGGUAAGAAAAGUUUUAUUUUUAAAAUUUAUAUUUAUAAAUUAAUUUUUAUUUUUAAAAUUAAUAAUUACCUAAAAUUUCUUAUGGCCGCAUUUUACAAAAUAAUUUUUUAAAUUUUAAAAAAAAUUUAGGCCGUUUCAACCACUUUGGCCGCGAAGAAAUGCCCAGAGAACAGCACUUUCAAAGAAUGUGCCAGAGCCUGCCCAGUUACAUGCCAAGACGUUGUUGAUGGUACCACUGACAAGGUCUGUAUUGAGAUUUGUGUGCCAGACUGCGAAUGUAACGAUGGUUUUGCUCUUCACGAUGGCAAAUGCUACCAAACUGCCGCUUGUGCUCAAUAUGGUAGGUUGUUACUGGUACUAUUAUAUGAGAUUUAAAAGCUAAAAUUAAAGUAUUUUAAACAUUAUCAACAUCAAGUUCAAUAUUAAUGCGUUAUAAUAAGUUUAGGCUCGGCAUCUUGCAUAUUUUAAAAUUAUCAUUGAUUUAACUUAUUAAUGUCAUUAUUUUUUGAAAUUCACAAAAAAAAUAGGCAAUAAUAUAACGUAUUAUACAUGUAAAAACAACACAGUCUAAUAUUUUACAUUUUCAGCCAAAAAACAGUAA